GCUACAGACCGCUGAGGUGAAAGGACGUGUCCGCUCGCCUCACUUCUGUCGCACCGCCCAACAAUUCGUUGAGCAAUCCGCACCUGCGCGCGCCGUAAAAGGUGCCGCCAUCCUUUGUUCGCGAGCCGAUUGUGUUGGUGCAAUUUUUAUUGCGCCCGCCAUUUGACAAGCGAUAAUCCUAGUUUCGAGGUAGAACGUCGUCAUUUCAUUGUUCCUUAGGGAACUAUUUAUUGCACCGCCACCUGGCAAGCAAUUAUCUAGUUUCUUAUUAAUAACAUAGCAACGUCUAUUGUUUCCGACUUCGGGAACUGCGUGAAAGGAAUUGUGAAGUGCAGUUUUCACUGCGCGGAGCAACUUCUUAACAGCGCAAUUUUAAAAGGCUAGCGGAUACCUAACGGUGAUAACGAAGCUAGUCAGGCAGCCCCGUUCGCCUGCGUUUCCCCUUCAGGGAACCGCGUAAUACGGAAGGGACCUCCACCACUGGCCUUGGGUAGUGCCCUUGUCAACGUUGGUCCACGUUUGGCCUUUUAGAGCCCACGGGUAGCUUUAGUUAGACUUAAGUACACACCCGAGUGCACAAUAAGAUCGGCACUCGGACGCACUAGGGCUCCACGUAGUAGGCACACAUCCUCCCUGCUUAACCCAGCAGGGAGGGAGCUAGGGAUACACACCCCGGCAUCCCACCGGGAGAAUUUAAUAUUUAUAGAGAAUAGGUCCACCAUAUGUCCAAAUGGCGGACCUAAAUCUUGUAGCCGUCCUGGAAUUCCUCAGGGCAAAAUUCCCUGACGCGUUUAUGGCGCUUACCGCUGAAACCCAAGUCCGCGCAGGCCCAUCCACGACCGACCCCAUCAGCGAUGCGUCGUUAUCAUCGGGUAGCGACAUCGAAGAAAUGGAGCUAGACUCCCCCUUAUCCCCCGAAAACCCGGAAGACACAGGAGGAACGUUUACGGAAGUCCGCAACAAGAAGAAACGCAAGAAGCGCUCUUCCCCCGCCCCCUCGUCAGCAGCGUCAUCAUUAUCGUCAUCGCCCGUACCUCCGAAAGCGCCGCGCCCUCACUCCCCGCUGGAAUCCAGAUCUGCCAAGUCGGAUCCGAUUCCUGCCCUUAUGGCAAUGCCCGUCGAGCCCCCCAAAACUGCUCCCAUAAAGCAGUCGUCUGUCCGUCCGGUUCCCCUCGUAGCCCGUGCGCUGAUGGAUAAAAAACCGCCACCAAUUUACAUCCAAGCCCCGGACAAAUGGCCGAUGAUUCAAUCGGCCAUGUCCAACAAAUUUAAAGUCGUAGCCGCAGCUACAGCCCAAGGCAUUCGGAUGCAACUGGAGACCGCCGAGGCCUUCAGGUUCGUAACCCGGUUCCUGCAUGAAAAGGAGGUGUACUACCACACGUACACACUCGCAGAAGAGCGCAUCCUUAGAGUUGUGAUAAAACGCAUCCCUAAGGAAAUCCCUGUGGAAGACGUAGCCCAGUCCCUAAAAGAUCAGAAA